UUUCUUUUACUCCUUAAGCUAAUUCGUUUUGUUUCCGUUUCGAACACGUUUCACAAGGAAGUUUAUAUAUUUUAUUGUAGUGAGUGCAGUAAAAUGCAGUAACGGUUGAUAUGCGUAGUGGGGUAGUAAUAAAUCACCCAUCACCCAUCUCCCACCCAAUCACCCAUCAAUCACUCAUCAAUCACCCAUCUGCAAAAGUGCAUACCAAUUGGAAUUCAUUCAUGAAGUGGGUAUGUAUCUUUGCAGCUCUCUGUACAAUCAGCUGCAGAGAAAUGGUCUCCCCCUCCCCCAUGUAUUUGCCAUAUUGUUCCUUAAAUUGCACUUAGCAAUUUUAACUUUAAUUAGUAAGACUCUAAAGAUGAACGCUGUUACUGAUGAUGGUGUGGAUGGCGAACCAUUCGAAAUUCAAAUUAUCAUUAGUGUUGAAUAUGGUAUAAAAUAAGAAUUAUAGGAUUUAAUGCGUUGUAUUAUUGUAGAUAAACAUACAAACGUAACCUUAGAAAGCAACAAACUAGCAAAUAUAUCCAACAUCGAAAGCAAAAACAAAGAAUCCAACAGAACCGUUGUAAAAAGGAGUGCAGAUGGCGACAGUAUAUUUUGGAAUGACAUGUAUGACGAUGAAUAUGGAAUUAAAGACCCUAUGGAAGACGAUAUGAAGGACAAAUCUGCUGUUAAAUUUAAUGAUCUUAUGGGUAAAGAUAACUGGAUAGGUUCGAAGUUCAAGAUGCUUGCUAAAAGUAUUAAAGAUAGAAGAAAUCGUAAGAUGGAAAGGAAAAAGGGUAGAAAUUUAAAAAAUGCAAGAAACAAAACUAACACUCAUACCAAGAGAUCUGUUCCAGUACCUAACGACUCCGGCAAGCGUAUGUUUGAGGAUCUGACAGCGAACAUGAAGAGAGUGUGCCAUGAAGCUGCUCAGGCCAUCCAUGAAACUACCAAUAGGGAAGUUGGUUUUUCAGUGCGAGCUGACAGUGACCAGGCAUCUUCACUGAUGCAGCAGGUGGUCGGUCUCAUGUCGGAGCUGGUCGAUCUUCAGGUUCGCGAGAAGACAUGCAUCCAGUUACCGGAAGACCUACGCAGCUUCCUGGCUUGGUUGACAUCGCCAAGCACUGAAGAACGCAACGAUGCAGGUUUCUCUCUCGAUACUUACGAUUCCGGUCCAAUGUCCAAUUUGCAUAACCUCGAUGAUCUAUUGUCUUCCGACGUGAGGAGCGAGUGUUUAGGUACCAUACACGAUGUGGAAGACCUCAUAAUGCAAUAUGAUGAGAUGAGUGAGGAAGACAAGAGUAAAAUGAGCGGCGUGAGGGAGUAUCUGGAGCAUCAAUUACAUUAUCUACACAAACAGUUGUCCAACUAUAAUGAGUAUGGGUCGUCAGUUAUGUACCAAGAACAAAUCCGAAAGCGUCGACAACCAAAAACAUCAAACAAACAACGAAAACGAAAAUCAUACAAGUUCAUAAACUACUACGGAAAGAAACAUACUAAACCCACUGUUUUUGAUGACGCUACCAAUGAUUAUGGAAAUAUAAAAGGAAAACAAGCCAGAAUUGAAAACGAUAACAGAAAUGAAGUCAAUGGCUUUCUUGAAAACAUUGAAAUAAUGAAUGAUGAUAAACUGAAUGAAAACAAGGCUCUAAGAAGAAAUGUUGAGAAUGAUAUGAAGAAUUUGGAUGAUUAUUUAAGCGUUUUGGUGAACAAUAAUGAUAGUUUUGUCAAAUAUAGUAAAAUAUAGAAUUGUUAAUCUAUUUAAGAUGUGACUGUGUCAUUAUUUCAUUAACAUUGAACAACAAAUAUUAUGUGCAUUAUUUUAGCUAGUUAAUUGUUUUACGUAUUAUAAAUAAAUAUACUGAUUUAUAAUGGGCGUUUUAUACAAAAGCUUUUUGUCAUAUCUGUAUCUAGAAAAAAAUAUCCGGCCAAGAGCAUGUCGGGCCACGCUCAGUGUAGGGUUCCGUAGUUACUCUUCCGUCACAAUAAGCUAAACUGGAGCUUAAAGUAUAGUAAAUUGUUAACCAAGGGAUGAAACGGUACCUUUCACCCGAGUUAAACAAAUAGGCAAAUUUGCAUAAUCAGUACCUAAUUAAAGUAAGUCUUUUUACUAUGAAGGGAAAACUUUUUGCGAUAACUCAAAAACAGCUAAACUGAUCAUGUCCGCUAUAGUUUUCAUUUAAUGUCUUUCUUAAGCUCUACUUCCAAGAUUUUUUUCAUAUUUUUUGGACCUAUGGUUCAAAAGUUAGAGGGGGGGGGACACAUUUUUUUUUUCUUCCGGUGCG